AUGCAGUUUGAAGUACUGGCCAAGUGCCACACGACCCGUGCUAGGGUAUCGAAAAUGCGGCUCGCGCAUGGCGUGACAAUGCUUCCUACGUUCAUGCCCGUGGCCACCCAGGCCGCUAUCAAAGGGCUGACGCCUCAGCAAGUCGAGGCGCUCGGCGUAAACCUCAUUCUCAACAACACAUAUCAUCUGAACCUACGACCGGGUAUAGAAGUACUGAAAGAAGCUGGCGGCGCACACAAGUUCCAAGGGUGGAAGCAUAACCUCCUCACUGAUAGCGGAGGAUUCCAGCUGGUAUCAUUGAGCAAAUUCACGAAAAUCACAGAGGAAGGCGCCCUCUUCGCAAGUCCAUUUGACGGGAAACCUACUAUGCUCACGCCCGAGGAGAGUAUAUCCAUACAGCACGCAAUAGGCGCAGACAUCAUUAUGCAGUUGGACGACGUAGUAUCCAGCCUCACCGUAGGACCUCGCGUCGGGGAAGCGAUGUGGAGGACCGUACGAUGGCUCGACCGAUGUAUCGAAUUCCACCAAAGGUCGGGCAAGGACGACGUACAAAACCUCUUUGCUAUCGUUCAGGGCGGCCUCGACCCCGAUCUUCGCGACCAGUGCCUAGACGAAAUGAUCGCCCGUAAGGACAAAGUUGCAGGCUACGCUAUCGGCGGCCUGAGCGGCGGGGAAGAGAAAGAAAUAUUCUGGCGAGUAAUAAAACAAUGCGCAGACAAGCUUCCGGAAGAUAGGCCGCGGUACUCCAUGGGUAUCGGCUUCGCCGAAGACCUACUCGUUUGCGUUGCUCUUGGAGUGGAUAUGGCAGACUGUGUCUUUCCCACACGGACGGCGCGCUUCGGCGUUGCGCUGACAUCGAACGGGCCUCUGAACCUUCGGUUAAGCAAACACGCAGCUGACAUGUCCCCGAUCGAGGCGGGCUGUCCUUGUCCCACAUGUGCAAGCGGCACAUCGCGGGCGAUACUGCACCACAACAUUACCCUUGAAACCGCUGCCGCUCAUGCAAUAACACAGCACAACCUGGUCUUUCAGGCCCGGGUGAUGGGCGGCGCGCGAGACGCGAUCAUGAACGGAACAUUCCCCGACUACCUCAAAACUUUCUUCGCGAAGUUCUUCGGCGACGCAGGAUACCCGGAAUGGUGCGUCAACGCACUGAGGAGCGUGGGCGUUGAUCUGCUCGAAGGUCGCCCCGACGUCAAGGUCAAUCCUGGAGACUACACAAAAUGGGAGUAUUCCGAUGCGGCAUAA